AUGAAAACUAAGACAUUUGAAAUGGUGCUUUUUGGAGGUGAUUGGGUGAAGGAGAAGUAUGAGAUUAAGAAGGACUGCACUGCUAGUAUUCUUGAGGAACCACAAGAUGACCCUUUGACAUAUCAUUUUGAUGAAUAUCCGAGUGUCGCUUCUUCUAUAGAAACUUGUAUUCAUCGAAGAAAUCGGACCCAUUUCCAAACCCCAACCCGAACCCGAUUCCGACUCCAUGGUUCUUUCUUCCUCCGCUUGUUUUCGCACCGUGUGAAGUUCAAUUUUGUUGUAGCUUAUUCAACGACACGUGGCGAUCUGAAUCUUCUUCAAUUUCCAUUUUUAGCUCCAAAAUCUCAGAAAUGA